UUGCAGAUUGAUAGGCAGCAGUUUGAAGAGACUGUCCGAACACUGAAUAACCUCUAUGCAGAAGCUGAAAAACUUGGGGGCCAAUCUUAUCUUGAAGGGUGUCUCGCCUGUCUGACUGCCUAUACCAUCUUCUUGUGCAUGGAAACGCAUUAUGAAAAGGUUCUAAAGAAAAUUGCCAAGUUCAUUCAGGAACAGAACGAGAAGAUCUAUGCUCCUCAGGGCCUCCUUCUGACAGACCCCAUUGAAAGAGGACUAAGAGUUAUUGAAAUUACCAUUUAUGAAGACAGAGGUAUGACCAGUGGAAGAUAAAACUGUGGAGUCUCAGAUAGCUCAACAGUGGACUUGCUGUAUCAAAGUUCCCCUACCUCCUACUUUAGAGCAUCAUUCCUUUCUCUGCUGCCAGAUCCACAGUGCCAUCUACUACAAGGACUAACUUCCUAAAACUGCUCCACAUGGGGUGACCUGGCUGGUCAGCAUCCAUUUUGUGGCAAACUUUUAAGCAAUGAGAUCACUUUUUAGUUUUUUUCAAGAAAAAGCAGAAGUGGUAAAGCUACGUACUCUUCUGAAAGAAAUGGGCACUUAGCCCAACGGAAGUCUAGUUUUAGUCACGUAAGUGCAGUGCUGUUCCUCCCUAGUUCUUAAACCCUUCUGUACAUCAAUCGGGCUUUGGAAAGCUACAAGUCAGAGUUGGGAAUUUUCCAGAAACGAGGCCUUCCCUCCAGUUCAGUAUUGGAGUGAGGGGAUACACAGUGCCUCUCACUGGCAAGAAGUGACUCAAGGCAACAAGCAUUUUACGUUUCCUGUGCUGAUUCUUGUGGAAAACCAGAAGGCAAAGUCUUACUUGUUUCAAUGUUUUGGUUGUUCGUAGAAGGGGGAGGAAUAGCUGGACUUUAAUCCUGGUGUU